AAUUAAGCAAGGGACGAGUAAUGUUGCCGAAGAGGUGUCGUAAUUUGCUGUGAAAAUAUUAUGGCAACAGAAGCAAAUGACUCUUUUGACCUGUUGUCGGCUGCAUUGGAUGAGUCUGGUAUUACUGGAAAUGAUUUGGCAGAUUUGAGCUGUGAAUCCUCAGUGCCAUCUACAAGUGACUAUGGCAGUUUGCAAAAUACGGGAUUUCCUGAUUCCCCUCUGGUAAAUGGAACACCGAACAGCAAACAUGGUGACGUGAACCAGGCUGAUCUGUUCAACCAGGCCAUGGGCCAGCUGUCUGCAGCCUCUUCACAUAUCAAACCGAGGAACACACCCAGUCCAGUACUGGCAGGUGUUCCACAGUCUCUGUUACGAGCCAAUACAGUCCAUGGGCAAAGUCCUACAGUACAUGCACCAAAGAUCAUCCGUGUUCCAAGUUCAUUAUUAAACUCUUCCUCCUCCCCACUCUCCUCCCUCCCCAGCAGCAUUACACGCUCCCUGGUGCAAGGGGUGUCACCCAACCAGCCCCGGGUCAUCACCAUCACCCGCAUGGGGUCCGGAGGCAACGUGGGGAGCAGGCAAACCAUCACCCUCACUCCACAAGCUACCAAUGCAAACAGUCCAAAGAUCAUUGUAGCAAGUAGUAAUAAGAAUAUGAACUCUAUUUCAACUGUGAAUGGACAGGUGAUGCGGACUAGUUCACCAAUACAGGUGGUCAGCAAAGUGGGGAUGUCAGGAGGGAAGCUGUUACCUGGCUCAACCAUGACUUCCGCUCAGACAUCUUUGUUGAACAGUUUACAAGGAAAUCGCUCAGUUACUUCUACGGUUCCAAGCAACGUUGCUACGUCACUUGUUAAUGGUAAUAACAUUAAUGCCAUCAAAACUAGUCUUUCCAAUAAGGAUCUCUCAAGGCUGUGGUCUCAAGAAGAUGUCCGGCUGAAAACAAUGGCUGGAAUGCAGGUCCAUCGACAACACAGUCAGACAAUCAUGCGUACUCCAACAGCCCUUGAGGAGGAGGAAGUGGAAGAGGAAGUAGAAGAGUUGGGUCAUGCAGAGACCUACUUCGAGUACAUGCCGGAAAAAUUAAAGCUUGGCGAGAAGCAUCCUGACGCUGUGGUGGAAACAAGCUCCAUGGCAAGUGUGGAGCCUCCCGAUAUCCACUACAAGCUGUGUAUACCCGAGUCUGUGAUGGAUAAUUGUCAGUUGUCCGCUCUGCAGCUGGAGGCCAUUGUAUACUCCAGUCAGAGACAUCAGACAGUCCUGCCAAGUGGUGAACGUGCUGGCUUUCUCAUAGGUGAUGGUGCUGGUGUCGGUAAAGGCAGGACGAUUGCUGGUAUCAUCUAUGAGAACUAUCUUCAGGGGAGGAAGAGAGCACUCUGGUUGAGUGUUUCCAAUGAUCUGAAAGUUGAUGCUGAAAGAGAUCUGAGGGAUAUUGGGGCUGGGAAAAUUGAUGUCCACUCUCUCAAUAAGUUCAAAUAUGCCAAGAUAACUUCCAAAGAGAAUGGAAGUGUGAAGAAGGGCGUGGUAUUCUCCACAUACUCAUCACUGAUUGGCGAGAGCCAGUCCAGUAGCAAGUACCGAACACGCUUGAAGCAGCUCCUCAAGUGGUGUGGCAAAGACUUUGAUGGACUUAUUGUAUUUGAUGAGUGUCAUCGAGCAAAGAAUCUGUGCCCCGUGGGAUCCAGCAAACCCACAAAGACAGGCCAGACGGUGCUGGAGCUACAGAACAGACUGCCCAUGGCUCGCGUUAUCUACGCCAGUGCCACAGGAGCUUCGGAACCAAAGAACAUGGCCUAUAUGACCAGGUUAGGCUUGUGGGGACCAGGCACACCUUUCAAGGAGUUCCCGGACUUCAUCCAGGCAGUUGAACGAAGAGGUGUUGGUGCCAUGGAACUGGUUGCCAUGGAUAUGAAGCUACGUGGAAUGUAUAUAGCCAGGCAGCUGAGUUUCAAAGGCGUUUCCUUCAAGAUUGAAGAGAUUCCACUUGCUGCUGACUUUGUGGAAAUCUACAACAAGUCUGUCAAGCUGUGGGUGGAUGCCCGUGAGAAGUUCCAGCAAGCUGCAGACUUGAUUGAUGCAGAACAGAGGAUGAGAAAGAGCAUGUGGGGGCAGUUCUGGUCCGCUCACCAGCGCUUCUUCAAGUACCUGUGUAUCUCCUCCAAGUGUGCUCACUGUGUGCAGCUGGCUCGAGAGGCUGUCAAAGGGGGCAAGUGUGUUGUGAUCGGCCUCCAGUCAACAGGAGAGGCACGGACACUAGAACAGUUGGAGGAGAUGGGGGGUGAACUCAAUGACUUUGUCUCCACAGCCAAAGGUGUGAUACAGACUCUGGUGGAGAAACACUUCCCUUGCUCAGACCGAAGGAAAACAUUUGACAUGUUUAACCUCGGUGGACAUUCCAACAACAGAACCAAUGGAUUCUUCAACAGCAACAAGAGAAAGAAGGGACAGGUCAACAACAACAAUGCCAAGAAGCCCCGCAAUGACAGCGAUAUUGACAGUUCAAGUGACUCAGGUGACUCGGGCAAGGAGCAAAGUGACUUUGACCUCAGCCUCAGCAGCUUCUCCGAUUCUGACUCUGAGAGCGGAGAUGACAAUAUCAACCCCUUCGGGAGUGGGUCCGAUAGUGAUGAUGACCCGUGGUUGAAACGGGGGACCAAGAAGAAGUCAGGGAGUAAAAAGGUGAAGAAAGAGAAGAAGAAAAAGAAGAAGAAGGAAAAGAAGAAGAAAAAGGACCGCAAUGAAGAUGAGGAGUUUGACAAGAUGUUGGGAGCUGCAGGCCUUCUGUCGAAAAACAGCAGCUGGGGAACGACGUCCAACAACCACAAUGGGUCCUCUAGUCUACGCAGUAAUUUAUUUAGCAAUGAAGAUGGCUGGGAUAAGGCAAUGUCAAUGAAGUCAGACCUACUGGCAAAGAUUGAGAAGCUGGGAGAUGAACUUCCUCCAAACACUCUGGAUUACCUUAUUGAUGAGCUUGGUGGACCAGAGAGUGUAGCAGAGAUGACAGGAAGGAAAGGAAGAGUUGUGAGCAACGAUGACGGUGGUGUGAGUUACGAGUCUCGAAGUGAGGUCGAUGUCCCACUGGAGGUCCUCAACCUCACAGAGAAGCAGAGGUUCAUGGAUGGAGAAAAGUUUAUAGCUAUCAUAUCAGAAGCAGCCAGUUCGGGUAUCUCACUACAAGCUGACCGGCGUGUCAACAACCAGCGGCGGAGGGUACACAUCACGCUAGAGCUGCCCUGGAGCGCCGACAGGGCUAUACAGCAGUUUGGUCGAACUCACCGGUCCAACCAGGUGACAGCACCAGAGUAUGUCUUCAUGAUCUCUGAGCUGGCUGGAGAGAGAAGGUUCGCUUCUACUGUAGCCAAGAGGUUGGAGAGUCUGGGAGCGCUGACUCAUGGUGACCGACGUGCAACCGAGUCCAGAGAUCUCAGCAGGUUCAACAUUGAUAACAAGUAUGGUCGUGCUGCUUUGGAAGCUGUGAUGAAGUGUGUGCUCAACUUGACUGCGGACACACCACUUGUGGCACCCCCACAGACAUACAAGGGAGACUUCUUCCCUGAUGUGAAGAGAGGCCUUGUUGGAGUUGGUAUGAUCGGCAUAGAUGAGCGAUCAGGCUUCCCAAGUCUGGAAAAAGACUACAACAACAUCAGCAAGUACUUGAACCGAAUCCUGGGUAUGGAGGUUGAGCUCCAGAACUCGCUCUUCAAGUAUUUCACAGAUACUCUCACUGCCAUCAUCCUCGAGGCCAAGCGGAAUGGCCGCUGGGACAUGGGCAUUCUGGAUCUGGGUUCCGGAGGUGAGAAGGUCCACAAGGUGGAGACACUGACAUUCCUGGGCAACACAGCCACAAACACAGCCAAGACAGAACUGACUACAGUGAGUGUGGAGAGAGGCAUGGCUUGGAACCAGGCAAUUGAGCUGUGGAGAAAGUGUGUUGGAUCUGAAGAGGGAUUCUACCUGGCCUAUCAGGAACGGAACAUGAAGCGGACGUCCAUCUUGAUUGUGCAUCAGGGAAAGAACAAGAAGAAGGAGCGUCUGUACAACGUGUACCGCCCCAACACUGGCCUCCAACUUCGCUGCGAGACGCUAGAGGAGAUACGCAAGAAGUACAAGAAGGUGCUGCCAGACGAGGCUCAGAACUGGUGGGAUGACCAGUAUUAUGCUUCAGCCAAGUGUUGCAGUCAUGCUUACUGGCGGGGUAACUGUAAGAAGAUGGCCCUUGGACUCCAGUGUGAGAUUGGUCUGCGAACUCGGACGUACCAUGUGUUGAGUGGCUCCGUACUUAGUGUGUGGAGCAAGGUGGAAGGAGUCUUAGCCUCCAUGCCAGGCGGAGCCAGCUCCAAGAUGCAGAUCAUACGGCUCCGCACUGAUGAUGGCAAAAGGAUUGUGGGGAGCCUGAUCCCAGGCAACUGUGUGAAUCCUCUGACCAACAUCCUGUCUCAAGACUCGGCUAAGAUGUACUCGGAGAAACAUCCCCCCAGGGAAGACGAGGCCAAUCUCAGCAUGCCUGUGUUUUUCUGAGGACAUACUGUUACUUGUGUAUUUGCAAUACUCACACUAAGUCUCCAGAAUGUGCUUUCAUCACCUUGUCAGUCUCCGCUGUCUUGGUGAACAACUGAACUUAUCAGCCAUGAUUGGACAUUGGGAACCGGAGCCACAGGACUCCUUCCCCAGUUUUGGUGAAUCGGAUGUUUUCAGCUGUGUAAUCUGGACGUUGUCAAGUAACAAAGCUAUCCAGUCUUGGUGAUUCUGAUAUUAUCUGCGUCAAGUCUUGACAUUGUGAAGCUGUUGUGAAUUGUCCAUUCUGGCAUCUCAGAUGUAAUGUGCAGCACAGACCACACAUUGGAAAUCUGGGAAAACAUUACUGUAGUGGUUCAACUCAGGUCAGGUCAGCAUCAAAUGAUGAAACAUUCAAGCUGACAUCAUCGAGCAACGGAUACAUAGCAGAGCACAUUUGCUUUGUAAGGCAGAUAAGCCAUCAAACUCUAUUCCAUUCAUCGACCAUGAAGACACUAUAAAGCAAGGUUCACUGCAGCAAACGAAAGGGCCCAAAACCAAGUCACCUUAGGAAGUGGACCCAUCUCUUUACAUCCCAUGCAGUGCAGUAUAGGACCAUUUCAGCAAUCCAGCAUUUGCUCACGUCAACACCUAUUAUAAAACUGGAGAAUUAUAUAUCUUAGCAUCUUAGUGGUACUAAACAAGAUGCAGUGUGGAAUCUAUGAACCAAAUAUAUAUUGAUCAACCUGUAGCAGUAUUUUUGUCAUGACUACAGACCCAUGCUUCAACAGAGGGCGUGAUCCUACUGAAGUCAGUGCUGUUGUGUGCAGGUUGUAAUUGGUGUUUUGUGUUAGCUACCCGGACAGGCUGGCAAGAGAUAGGGCGAGACUAGAUUGUACCCUCAGUCUUUCAUACAAUAUGGCCAUUGCUACAUUCCUACAGCCGUGACAACGCUACAGCGCCAGUAGUCUAGAUCAUUGCCUAGACGUACAGUACUCUGAAGCUGUAGAUUCAAGGAACGCUACAGCGCCAGUAGUCUAGAUCAUUGCCUAGACGUACAGUACUCUGAAGCUGUAGAUUCAAGGAACACUACAUAAGACUCCAAUCAUUGUUUCUGAUGUGAGGAUCAGAAUUCAUGGAUUUACAGGGAAUUGUGCAAAUUAAGCAGUUGAGAACCCGCGACUGCCAGAAUUCUUGUGUUGCUGUGUGAAAGUGGAUGCGAGUUUCAGUAUAUUUUGUGAAAGUGGAUGACCAUAUUGAAGAACCCUCACACGUGCCUUGUAUAUUUGCCUGUCAGUUAUGCAAUCAAGACUGCUUAUUCGAAAUACAUUGAAAAGUCCAUCGAUACAAUCUUGGAGUGUCAAUACUACAUUCAGAAUAUUGCCACGGUAUUUAUCUGACACGUGUGGUUUCAUCUAUAUCAUAGUUGCAGCCUCUUACACUUUCCAAUGAUAGGUUUAUUUCCAACAAUACAGAACUUCAUGCAUGAUGUGUAAAUAUAGCCUCUUCCAGUCAAACUUGAUAAGUUUUUAUAAGUGCAUUUGCCAUUCAAGAUACAUGCAACGUGCUGUGUAGAGACGUCACGUGAAUUUGUGAUAUAUUUCAGUGUGUAUAUAUUAACUCGAGUUUUCCAGUGAAACAAUUCCUACAGGCAGAUUCUGCCAUAGCUAGCUUGAGAUUGAUCAUGCUCAUGACAAACCUGGUAUGGAUGAUGAUGAAUCGAUUAUAUUCCAAGUCAGAUGUUUUGCCAAUGUAAAUAGAACUCUGUGAUUUCUGAUCAAACAAUUGUCAUGUGCAAAAAGAACUAUUUUUUGUACUGGUCUGCGUGAGCCAUGUAAGAGUUUGUACCAGAAUACAAUGGAUACCCCUCUCUGUAUCUCAGGAUGUAUCUGUUGCUACCAAGUUGAUGCAAGCUUCACUCACCAUAUUCUCAAUAGCGAUCUCUGUAUCAUUGGUCUGUCCAUAACGGUUUGUACAGUUGUUCAUUUCAAUUUAACAAAAGGUGCUUUCAACUCGUGUUCAGUACCCAAUCAAUGUUACCAGAGACUUAUUUAUUUGGCUUUGUGUUGUUGUAAUGUUACCACUUAUGUCUGUAUGACAGAUCUGUGUGAUAGUGUAGAGAGGGUGAUGAUGAUGAUGAUGAUGUCCAACUCAACCUGCUUAUAAUUACUCUCACCUUGGUGGGUACUUGUCAAACUUUAAAUUAAUGAGUUAACAGUGAACAUAAGGAUUAAGCAGAAAUGAAAGAUUCUGUACUAUGUCAAGAUUUUGUUAAAAAUUGUCAUGUAAUUUAUGUUGUCCACACAUAGGCUUAAUAUAAUACAUAUACUAUCUGAUGUAAGAUAUUAAUUCCCAGCAAACAAAUAAUGGAUAUUUUAAAGCGGUUUCUGUCUUUGGUUCAUCAGAUGGAAGCAUAAGAAACUACUUUCCUGCCAAAAUUGAUAAAUAUGUUAUAGCAGUUUCUAUAUUUGGUUCAUGAGAUAUAUGAAACUACUUUCCAGCCUACAAUUAACAGAUGUAGUAAAGUGGUUUUUGUGUUUGGUUCCUGGAAAAUGAAGCAAGAUUAUGACAUGAAUUCCACUGUUAGGCAUUUAUUUAAUUGUUACAUGUUGAAAGCGGUUUCUUUUUAAUCAGUUUGUAUUCAGAUAUUGUCACGGAUAUUGUUUAUAUUUUUUUGCAAUUUCAGUUUAUUGAUGGACAUAAUUUCUCAGCUGCAAGAAGGGAACAUUACACACUGAUACACAGAUCCUAUCGACUGAAAGACAAAUGGUUAUUAUGUCAAGUCUUAGAAAGUAGGUUGAAGAAAAUCUCAUUCUAAGAGUUGUUCUAAUGAAUGUCUGUAUGUGCAUGGUAUAUCUGGUUCUGCGAACAGAUUGUUAAUAACAUGAUUUCUUAAUUGUUCAAUAGAUAACAUUUAAGUUUAAAUCAUUUUCAAAUCGUGAUACAUCUUUUAUGAAGUGAUAAAAAUAUCCAUCUGAUAUCUUGCUGAGAUGCUUCUUAUUGAAUUCUAAAUAUAUAAGAAAUAUGUGCAAGUCUGGAGAUUUGAAUUUGAUGAGUUAGUACCCCCUAAAACUCUACUAGCUAAUGAGGUAUCAGGAUCUUGUGGUAGGUCUAUUAUGUCGAGCCUCUUUUAACCCUGAAGAAAAUGUACUUGAUUUGUGCUUGGGUCUAUUUCUAUCCUGGCGUACACCAGGUAGCCUCUGGUGCUUACUGUUGCUUCUGUCCCAGCCCAGUCAAUUAAUCCAACAGGGGUGGUGGGUUAGUGUAGUGGUUAAAGCAGUGGCUAGUCACGCCAAAUAUCCGGGUUCGACUCCCCACAUAGGUACAAUGUGUGAAGCCCAUUACCUGUGUCGCCUGUCGUGAUAUUGCUGAAAGUGGCGUAAAACCCCACUCACUAUUUCUAAACAAGCCUACAACAGACAGCCCCUGGUACUUACUGUUGCUUUAGUCCCAGACACUAUUCCAUUACUCCAAGACUUGUGAAAAUCUGAAGGGACAAGUUAUGAAACUAAAUAGACCCCACUUGAAGUUGACAGUGACAGUGAAUUGUUUGCUCAUAUCCGUCACUAGGUAGUCUGAUCCAGACUAAGUUAUUUGCAAGCAAACAAAUGACAGGUGUAUAACACCAUGCUGUGGUCCUGGAUCACAGAAAGAAUUUAAAUUGUUUUUCGUGUUGUGGAUAUCCUACCAUUAUGGAUAUUCUGACGAGAAAGGCCUCAUUUAUGCCUUGUUCUCUGGAUCCAUUGGCAUUUUGAAAACAUUUUACCUCCAUUAAUCCCAUGUUAGAAUAAGUCUCCAGAAACCAAUGCUGAUUGAGCUGUCAAAACGUAUCGGUGUGUCACGUUUAAUGAUUUGGUUAAAAGGACCAAUUAGAGGCUUACUGAUCUGAGAAAAAUUGUUUUCUGUCUCAGUUUAUACUGAAGUUAAUACUUUCUGAAAUGUAUUUUAUCAGUUUCAAGAGUUUUAAUGUUAGAUACUUUUUGGGGUAUUUUAAUCCCAUUAUUUAAGAACUUAAAUUUAUGGUAUUAAUUUGUAUAUUGACAUAUAUACUACAUAAGCAUGAUAAGUAAGUGAUACUAACUUGUUUUGUGUAUAGGCCAUCCCAUUAUUUUAUUACAGAUAAAAUUGGAUAGUGACUGCCAUGUUGUCCCUCUCAUAAGUAAUCCCAGUUCAUUGGAGAUAGGAUCAGAUAGUGGCUCAUGGGUUGUACUUUGUCAACGUAUUUAAACAUAGAUACGAAUAGAUAGUGCUAGGUUGUACUCUCAUUAAUCACUCAUUUCAUUGCAGAUAGGAUUGGAUAGUGACUGAUAGAUGUUUUCUCAUCAAUUUAGAUAUAGACAAGAAUUGAUAAGCAAGGUUAUAGUCUCAUUAAAGGCACUAUAUCCCACCACACUUCUCUAAAAAUAAAUAAUGCAUUUCUCUCAAUAAUACUAUCAGCCAUCAUGGAAGCUACCAUAUAAUUUAUCCCCCCAAAAUACGUAAUUAGAUUACAAUGAUAAUUAAAAAGUUCGAAUUAAUUAAUGCAAUGUUGCAUUAAAUCGAUUCUCGCGCCCUGUACCGGUUGAACAUUAUUUCAAGCGAACCCCACAAUUGUUAACAUUCCAUAUAUGGCAAGUGUUCUCUGAAAGCUGUUCGCCUCAAAGUUUCAAUUAACGAUUUCAGGCAAGUCGUAAGGGAUAAUCAGUCUUUAACUGCAUCAAUAGGAAGCUAAAGUGAGUGCACAUGCCCCAAUAUAUAUAAUAUAGACCGAUAUAUUGUCAAAAAUGUGUGACAUUGUGCCUUUAAUAAUUCAUUUCAUAAGACAGGAUUACAUAGUGACUGAUAGGUUGUACUCAUCAGAUAGAUAGAUUAGAUAUAGAUCCGUAUGAUAGUGACUGUGGAAGGUUGUGAAGUGUAGUGUUCCCUGACUGCGCUGACGAAGGAGGAGGGAGCGUGACUGAAGGCUGGAGCGAUGAAUGUACAGUUAGAUGUCUGGAGUUGACCACUGGUUAAAGGGACACUAUUGAUACAGACCACCUGGCCAGUAAUCUCAGCGCUUGUCACUUCAGUAGCAAACAAAAACAUUUUGUCCAUGUUCAUUUAUGUCAUGUCAUAUGCUAAUUUAUAAAAAUGUAAGUUUUCAGUGCGUGAUUUGUAUUUCAUGUUUACAAUGUGAGUAAAACUGAUUUGAUGUUUCUGGCAGUCAAGAGAUGUGAGAAAUGUUAAUCUGCCUUAAGUACUUCCAAGUAUUUGCCUUUUCUCAAACUGAUAAAAUUGAUAGUGUUCCUUUAAAGUUGUUCUGUUGAAUAUGUCCUGAAAUAUGUUUGUAAUAAACACAUCAACAAUA